AUGUAUAUUACUGAUAAAAGUUAUGAAUAUGAAGAGCCUCAUAGAAAGUUUAUCAUUGGUCACAAUGCCAGAAAACAUCUGUAUACUCAUUUUCCAAAGAUGUUUUGCAAAGAUAAAAAGCACGGUAGUUUUUCUCUUCAGUGCUUAAAACUUGUUACCGAUCCAAAUAUUCAUAAGCAAGACAAAUCUUACAAAUAUGAGACAUAUGAAACAGCUCUUAAUCCACUUGCAGUCCUCAUUCAAUACAAGAAAAUUUGUACUGGGAAAGAACCCCAAAACUUUAAAAGUUGUAUCAAAGUAUCUGAUUGCCCAACCCUUAGUAAAUACCACAUAUACUACAGCAGUGAUAAACCCUGCAUGUUUAAAGAAUAUGACAAAACUUUUAAUCAGAAAUCACUCCCUGUCAAGCAUCAGAGCAUCCAUGCCCAAGAGAAGCCCUGUAAUUGUAAAGCAAGUCUCAAGUUUAACAAUUUCUCAACCGUUUCUCAAUCCUUGAGAUUUCAUAACAGUGACAAACUCUGCAAAUGUAAAGAAUGUGGCCAAGCUUUUAAUCAAAGCUCAGUUGUUGUAUCCCAGAAAAUUGAUGUUAAUGAGAGCUCUGAGAAAUGUAAAGAAAGUUCCAAAGCCUUACAACAAAAUUCAACCCUUACUCCAAACCAAAGGGAUCAUUCUGGAGAGAAGACUUACAAAUGUGAAGUAUGUGGCAAAGCUUUUAAUCGAAGAUCUCUUGUUAUUCAACACCAGAAAAUUCAUACUGGAGAGAAACCAUACAAAUGUAAAGAAAUUGACAAAGUUUUUAAUGAAAGAUUACUGCUAACUGAACAUCACAGAAAACAUACUGGAGGGAAGCCCUACAAAU